UUUUACGAUUUUGCCCUCUUGUUGGGUUAUACAGUAUUCGUUUUUCUCUCUCAAACAGUGAAACUUCUUCUUCUUCUUCUCGUCUUCGUCGUCUAAACCUCAAACUCUGCUAGCGAAGUCACAAUAUCACUCGAAGAUGGCUAAUCACAACAGUAGUAGGCACACAAUCAUCUUGUUGCAGAAUUCUCCGAGCAGAGCUACGAGGACUUUCAUGGACUAUGACUCUAUAGGCCAAGCUAUGGAUGGUAUUUGCGGCUUAUAUGAAAGGAAGUUGAAGGAAAUUAACCCUUCUCUCAGAAAUAUUAGCUAUGACAUUGCUGACCUUUACAAUUUUAUUGAUGGUCUUGCUGACUUGAGCGCUUUGGUCUAUGACCACUCGAUAAGUGCAUAUCUGCCAUAUGACAGGCAAUGGAUUAAGCAGAAGGCAUUUCACCAUCUGAAGAGAAUUGCCAAUGGAGGCAGAUGAAGAAGAAGCAUCAUAUGAAAUUGUCUUACCUGAAGAAACAUAUGUUGAGAGAGGCCAUUUAAAGCAUCAUCACUCGUUAUUAUAUAUAUUUGCCAAUGUAACAUUAAUUAAUAUGCAUAGAAAGAGUUGUGGUUCUCUUGGAUGUGUUAGCCACUAAAAGUAUCUUUGCUAUCCAAAUUUUAAGCUCAUUUCUAGUUUCUAUAUCAAAUUCUUCUUCUCAAAUUGAUGAGAUAUUUUGAAUCGUCCUCGACUAGAAAUUAUAUCAUACUUCGUAUAAAGUAAUCUUU